AUGGUCAUUGAUCCCAGUCUUACCUACCAAAAGAUUGUGCAAUUUUCGAUUGACCAAGCAAAACAAAAUAUGCCUACUACUCCUAUUGAUUUGACAAAAACGAUUGGCGAACAUCAAGGCAUGAAGUUUUGCUGUCCAGAGGUCAAACCAUUCAGUGGCAAAUCUACUGUAUAUUGGCCUUGGACAUCUAAGGUUGCUUUGGAAUUUGGACAAUCCAGUAUAGAACUUGCUCUAACGGAUGCAAAGUUCCAUGAACAAUCUACUUGGCACAAGGAUGCAUCAAGUCAGGGUUUCUACACAAUUGCAAAAGCUCUGAAUGAUGGUACCGCUAGCCAUAUUGCCAAUGAGGUGAAAGAAAAGUGGGGACAAACUGUGGCCUACAAUUGUUACCAAUGA